UGGUCACUGGCGGAAGCUAGCUGAAGAUAAAGGUUGCGGCCAUCUGCUCGCCACCACACCACACCACAGCGAAGCAAAGCGAUCGACCUCAUGAGUUGCCAGGUCCCCACGGUGCCCGCCUCGCCGGUCGUUAAGUUCCCACUCCUCCCGCGCGGCCUCCUCUCCUACCUCCCCGCCAACCUCUCCUCCAUCCUCCCAGUCGCGCGCGGCGCCGCCUCCACCUGCGAGGCUUCUUCGACGACGACGACAACCAUGCCGCCUGAGCCGCCAGCGUCUCCUCCUCCUCCCAAGAAGAUGUCACCGCCGGGAGCGGGAGCGGGAGCGGGGAGCAAGAAGAAGCAGCAGCAGCAGGCCGACGCCGCGGAGCUGGCGCGCGUGUUCGAGCUGUUCGACAGGAACGGCGACGGGCGGAUCACGCGGGAGGAGCUGGAGGACUCGCUGGGGAAGCUCGGGAUCCCCGUGCCGGCCGACGAGCUGGCGGCCGUGAUCGCGCGCAUCGACGCCAACGGCGACGGGUGCGUGGACGUCGAGGAGUUCGGGGAGCUCUACCGCUCCAUCAUGGCCGGCGGGGACGACAGCAAGGACGGCCGCGCCAAGGAGGAAGAGGAGGAGGAGGACGGCGACAUGAGGGAGGCGUUCCGGGUGUUCGACGCCAACGGCGACGGGUACAUCACGGUGGACGAGCUCGGCGCCGUGCUGGCGUCGCUGGGGCUGAAGCAGGGCCGCACGGCGGAGGAGUGCCGUCGCAUGAUCGGCCAGGUCGACCGCGACGGCGACGGCCGCGUCGACUUCCACGAGUUCCUCCAGAUGAUGCGCGGCGGCGGGUUCGCCGCCCUCGGCUGAUCCGUCCAUCUCUUCACUUCUGCUUCAUACUGGUAGAUCAGGUGUAGAUACUGGCUUUCUUCAAGGAAAUCACGUAACCCCACGUAUGCUCCAAAAAUUUCUUGGUUUGUUCGUUAAGAUUGAUGGGAUUGCUAAUUAACUAAGUGUACAAGAAUUUCUUGGUAAGAAAUUCUGUUUUUCCCUGAAUUUUCAGGGUUUUUCUCGUGUAAAACUGUAAAGGUGAACAUUUUGGCACCUGCUCUGCCUCUCCAUGCAUGGCCGCAUGGGUACCCCUGCUUGCUAGUCCACGAAAGGUCCGGAUUCUGCACUUCUGGCUCUGUUCAUCUCAAAAUCAUUUUCUACUGUUCUCUGUCGAUUCUAGUGCAUCCUUAUUUGUGUACCUUUUGUCAAA